GAGUUACUUCCCUUUGUUUGAUUGUGGAGAGAGGACGGAGAUGGACGAUGCGGAAAUCAAAAGGUCCCUUCUUGACUCGUGUCGUGUAAGGAUGGUUCAAUUCAGAGGCGGACAUUUUCUUGUUGAAUAACAAUGUGUUUAACUAUCUAUGAGCAGAUAUGACAAACAGACUGAAAACUGUGUCAGGACUCGGCGAUGAAGACACACUACAAAACGUGUGUAAUCCUGCUGGUUGGGACAGUCAGUACAUCUCUGUAUGUCUGGUUGUCAAUGAUACAGGUUGUCCCGUCGAUAUUCCACAUCCAUUCCAUAAGGAAAAUCUGGGACGACAAUUACUCAAAAUGUGUCCUUCAUCGGGAAAAGGAGGCCCAUCGAACCCAUCAUUCUCCACUCUAUGUCACCUUCUCUCUCCACGGUCGUCUUGGUAACUGGAUGUUUGCAUAUGCAUCACUACUUGGAAUCGCUAUGAAAAAUAAUCGCCAACCAUUCAUUAGUAGAUAUAGCAGUCUUUCCUCCAUUUUUAAGCUACAACAUACAAUGCCCUGGAAACCGGUUUGUAUGGAGGAUUUUGAAGAACAAUAUCCUUGUAAGUAUGAUCGUAGCACGGAAAAUAUGCCCAGAGUGAAUUUAACACUGAAACAGUAUUUUCAGUCGUGGAAAUAUUUUGAAGGCUACGAAUCAGAAAUUCGAAAAGAAUUUACAUUUUGGCCAAAUAUAUAUGAUGAUGCAAGGAAGAUUUUUCUAAAAUACAAGGGCAGUAACUCUAAUUCAUCUAUAUAUAUAAGUGUUCACGUUAGACGGACCGAUAUGAUGAUUCCAAGUUCUACAAAACUCGGAUUUAAAUCUGCACCGUUGGAGUACAUAAACAAUGCCAUGAAUUAUAUGCGGAAGAAAUUUACUGGUAGAACGAUAACAUUUCUGGUCGUGUCUGAUGAUUAUGUAUGGUGUAAAAAACAUUUAACUGGACCUGAUACUGUUGUCAUUCCGAAAAAUCAUCAGUUUGUAGAUAUAGCCAUACUGAGCAUGUGCAACCAUUCCAUUAUAACCACGGGAACAUAUGGCUGGUGGGGGGCCUGGCUGGCUGGUGGUCAUACAGUAUAUUACAAAAGCUUCCCCGAACAUGGCAGCCAUCUUUAUGGUGAAUUUGAUCCUGUCGAUUUUUACCCACCUGCCUGGGUUGCCAUUGAUACAGGAUCAUAUAAUUUCUACAAUAGAAAUCUUGUGACCUAUUUGUUGAUAUUUACUGUGAUAAUGAUAUUUUGAUUUAUUUUUCCUACACAUUUUAACUCCCUGAUCUAAAAGCAUGUAACAUUAUACUGUGACACUUGGCUAUCGUUUGUCAGUAAGAUAUUACCCAGAUCACAGGUGCCCGACGUUUUAUAAAAUAAAAACAUAUAAGAGUAUACAUAUAAAUGAGAUGUACUCUUAUAUGUUAUUAUUUAUAAAAUGAGUCCGGCUCCUGUGCCCAGAUAUUAAGUUACUGACACAGGUUCUGGAUUCCUUUGGAUUACUUUAUACGUGUAUUGCGCUUUACAAAAUAGAUAAUAACUUGUGACUAGAACCUGUGUCUAUUAUUGAUUUUUUUAUCCACCUGAUAUAUUUUUGCAUUCAAUGGUGCUCUUCUUGUAUAUUACCACAGGUUCUUGUUAACAGUUUUUUUUUUCAAAUAAGUUGCUGUAUGUACAUAAUUGACAGAUUUUACAGACAAAAUGAUGGGCAUCAGUACUAGUUGUGACCUCAGAUAAUUUUGUGAUCCCUUUUGAAACAUAAAACUAUUAGUCCCAUUGGAGGCUGGAUUUUGUGUUCUAAAAUGAAAAUACCAUAUUUAAUUUUCUUUUGAAUAUUUUGAUGAUGUCAUGGAAAAAAAUAAUAAUAUGUAUAUAUAUAUACACAAUUAGGAAUGGAAAGUAAAUUCAGACCCUAAGAAACAUGUUUUAUGUAUUUAUUUAAGGAUUGAAUCUUGAUUUGGUCAAUUUCAUGGGCUCAUGAAUUGAGUUGCUCUGGAGACAAAUUUAAUGAAC